CUUUCUCACACUGUGAAGACACCGCCCUCAACCUUUUUGGUCGCUCCCUCAAGACACUUGCCGCCGCCGUUGCCGCCGACCAAACCCUAAAAAUCGAAACAUGCCUGGCGUACGCGACAUCAGUGCUGAGGCGUUUAUCACCGCCUACGCUUCCCACUUGAAGCGGUCUGGAAAACUCGAAGUCCCGACAUGGGUGGAUAUCGUCAAAACCGGCUCCUACAAGGAGCUUGCCCCGUAUGACCCGGAUUGGUUCUACGUCCGCUCUGCUGCCGUCGCACGGCACAUAUAUCUGCGCAAAGACGUCGGAAUCGGUGCCCUCACGAAGCUACACGGUGGACGCAACCGCCGCGGCAACCGUCCCUCACACCACGCCGACUCGUCCGCGUCCGUCCAGCGCAAAGUGUGCCAGGCACUUGAGAAGAUCGGUGUGCUCGAACAGACCGAGAAUGGUGGACGAAGGAUCAGCCAGGACGGUCAGCGGGACUUGGACCGUAUCGCAACUGCCGUUGUCGAGGCUGCGAAGGAGGAGGAAGAUGAGGACGAGGAAGCCGAGGUUGAAGAGGACGAUGAGUAAAUGUUGGCCGUCUCUCUACCCACCCACUAUGCCCUGCAGUUCUGUUCAAUUCCAUGGUAUAUGCAGCAUGCGAUGAAAUUUCUCAUUAUCCAGCCCGUCUGGUGUUGUAUUCCAGCAUAUGUCCAUCAACCAACUACAUCACAAAGACUCGACGCAGCCGAUGAUCUGUUGCUGCCUCACAGCACAACGGACACAAUCUGGAUUCCUGGAGCGCUUCGGCUAUGCAGCUGAUUCGAUUAGGGGAUGACAACUGGACGGAUGAGCAGUCCUUACCUGGAACAGAACAUAUGUCCGCACGGUGGACAGGCGACAGAAUGGGGAUUGGUGUUUGAACAAAUCGGACAGAUGAACUUUCUGCUCCUUGUUUCGCCCUCGGAAUCUUGCUCUUCGGAAGACUGCGAUGAGCUUGAAGUGGAGCACUAUACAACAGCAGUCAUCAGCUGGGACCAACGAAGCGAAUAUGAAAUUCUUGCUCACCAUCUCACGAGAGGGGCCUGCAAGCUCAUCGACAUCUUCAUAAUCAUACUCGUCGUACUCUUGCCAGGAACUGUCCGUAUCCGAGUCGUCUGGCGGUGUAUCUUCCUCCGGGUCAAUCGAAUCACUAAGUUGUCCCAUCUCAUCUUCCCAUUCCAACUGUGCGACACAUUCCACAACUUCUCCAUCUGCAUCUGAAUCAUCAUCGGUGUCGUCGCGGUGGACAGCAGCGUGUUCGAGGUGCUUGUUAAUCAUGCGUAAUUGUGACUACUAGGAAGGUGAAAACAAGAACUCACGUAGCGUAGACCACCUCCCGUCUUGAAUUCGAUGUCGCAUGAACCACAA